GUCGGUACAAAUUACUUCAAUUUUUGGUUAGUCAACAGCUUCGAACGGCCGAAAAUCACUGUGAUGUGGCCCAAUAACGGACAAUCAUCGCCGACACACCAAGUCUUCGGUGCCGUUCAUUGUUACCACCUCGCCGCGCGCCGUUGACCACUUGCAUGAUGCAGCGCUUCCUCCGCACCGGGUCGUCCGUACGCGCAUUCAGCAGCCUGCACACGUCUGCCAUGAAGCACGUGGUCGGGACAUUGCAACAUAGCGUCAACAUCGAAGGCAACACGAACCUGUGGCUCGGUGCUGGUGCCGUGGACGAGCCGACCAUGUCGAUCUUGGAUCCGUCGCCAGGCUUCACUGCCGCCUUGCGCACGCGGUCGUUCAACCUCGCCGACAGCUAUGACCUGCCCCUCAUCCACGGUGCUCGUUCCACUCGACACAUUUCAGACCCGGUGACCGUCGACCCGUUCGCGCUCGUCAAGGACAGCAUCGUGUCUGUGUCGGCCAACAUCAAGAUGAUCUUGGGGUCGGACCACCCCGUGCUGGAAGCUGUGGCCAAGUACUUUUUUGACAACGACGGCGGCAAAAAGAUUCGACCCACGAUGAUCCUGCUCGUGUCGCAAGCUGCAGAAGCCGACCGAGUCGCGGACCAGUCGACCUUUCCCAAGUCCCCCGAGUACAUUGCCGCAUCCCAGCAGCGCUUGGCGGAAAUCACGGAAAUGAUCCACACGGCGAGUUUGCUGCACGACGACGUCAUCGACGAGGCCGACACCCGACGAGGCAUGCAGUCUGUCAACAAGGUGUUCGGGUCAAAGCUGUCCAUUCUGGCGGGCGACUUUCUCCUCGCUCGGUCCUCCAUCUGCCUGGCUCGGUUGCGCAGCUUGGAGGCUGUGGAAUUGAUGUCCACGGCCAUCGAGCACUUGGUCAAAGGUGAAGUGAUGCAGAUGCGCCACGCCGACAAGGGCGGGACCAUCUCUCCGUUCGAGUACUACCUGCGGAAGAACUACUACAAAACCGGCUCCCUCAUGGCCAACAGCUGCAAGGCGUCGCUGGUGCUGGGAGACCACUCGGACCGAGUGUGCGAACUUGGCUUUGCGUAUGGCCGACACUUGGGGCUGGCGUUUCAGGUAGCUCUCGUCACUACAUACUAAUCGUUCCUUGUGGCGAUGAUUCAUCACGUGUUGGUCGAGUAGCUGAUUGACGAUGUGUUGGACUACAGCGGGCAGAACACCGGCAAGCCCAUGUUGGCGGACCUCAGAGCGGUACAUACUACAUUUGAUGAUAGACGUGUCCUGAUGAUGCUGUCAGGGCUUGGCCACCGCCCCCGUGCUCUUGGCUCAAGAAGAGUUCCCUGUGUUGAAAGAACUGGUGGCGCGUAACUUUUCGUUGGAAGGAGACAUCGACCUCGCCGCCGACCUCGUGGAAAAGAGCGUCGGACUGCAAAAGUCCAAGGACCUGGCCAUCGCACAAGCCGAGCUGGCAUGUCAAGCGGCACUGCAGUUCACUCCGUCGCCCGCUCGCGAUGGGUUGGUGAAGUUAGCACAACUGGUGAUCACGCGCACCAAGUAGACCACCAGCCCCUCGCUCGACGCUGUCAGGCGAAUUUAAUAGAACCAUGCAAGUUUGUAGAAACUUCGUUGUGAUUGGUGAAUUAAGC